AUGGCGCUGCAAUCUGUUCCUGUUGGCGCUCAACUAGACACCGUCUCGUUGGAUUCUUGGACUACUGGAGAAAAGUGUAAAAGGAUCGCCUUUGAAAAGGCUACCGCUGUUUCCCCUUGCGUUUUCGUUAAGUUAAUAGUUUUACUGAUUUAGGUAUUUCUGUUCACUCAAACCUAGACACAAGAUUUCACUACGUUAUUUUUUGAGCUUUGCUUGACUGAGUGGCUUUAACUUCCUCUUUCUUUAUUUAGCUCGUAGGAGCUGCGGACUUUCCAUUUGACUUCUUCCUUAUAUCUUUAAGUCAUGCGAUAUAACAUUGUUGCAUUAUAAAAUACGAUUCUUUAUUCGUUUACCAAGAUGUUAUAUAUAUUGCUACCUCUAUUUUCUUCCAUUAAAGUUAUCUUGCAAUCUGUCCUCCACUUUUCUUGAUCAUUUUAAUUUUUCUCUUUACAUUAAUACAUCUUUAAAAAGCUUUAACAAUCUUCAUAUUUUCGCUAAUUUUUGCUCUAAAAAAUUUAGUGAGAAAGUCUAUAUUUCGAUUCCUUUUGUAUCUACGUUGCCAGGUUCAUGACUAUCGUUUUAUUUGCUGAUUUGCAAAUUCUGUGUUUAAUUCGUAAAACUGUUCUUAGUUGUUUUUCAUCUGCACUAGGAAAUUCCAUCCAAUUUGCUUCUUUCAAGUUCAAAAUGAUUUUUUCUAUCACUCUUCCAUCGUUUUAUAUCAUACCCUUGUUUGUUUGAAAAAGAAAUGUAAUUAAUUAUUUUUUUUUUCCCUUUUACUUUUUCAGCGUUUCUCAAUUCCUCCGAGCAUCUACGUAACAGCUCGUCACCAAAUUCUCAAGAGACCUCAGGACGCCUUGGCCUUGUGGGUAGAGGAUGUACGCAGAGAUAGUUUUAAGGUUUGCCUCAGGGAAACUAAGAUUUUUGAUGGUCUGCAUAAAAACAUCAAGGUGGUAAGUGAAUUCCUUUUGUUACCUGUUACAUGUUUGAAAGUAGACUCGCACGACAACCAAGCGGUUCCUCCCUUGCUGCAACUUACAGGGGCUGUGCUUUAGCAGAACCCAGUUGCCCUGAGCUCUACCUUUGCUCUUUGCCUACUAGGAAAUCGUAGCUUUUAUCAUAGAGAUCCUAUGUUCGAUACCCUGUGAUUUACACAGGUUCAGAGCAAUGGGCUCCCUUCUCUUAGAAACAACCUUGACUUGAGAAAGAAUAUAUUGAUAACAUUGUUAAUACUUUUUCACUUGUCCUUCAGGACUGGAUAGCAUUUGUUAAGCUGAUGACGCUGAAUUCUACCUUGAUCCAUGGCCUUGUAACAACAAAGAAUAACUCACCACUAAACAAGCAACAAAACAACGCUCUCUGUCAGGUAAAGUAACUAAUCAACAAUACUGUUUUGGUUUCUCAGUCACUUAUAUUCAUAAAUAGAAAGUCUUUCAUAAGUUCAUGGAGCUCUAAUGUUGUUAUCGUUAACUAUUUAAACAAGAUAUAUCAUAUACCGCAUAUGUGUAGAAAAACUUCAGAACGCUGAUUCUUUUCUUGUUUUUUUAGAUAAUAAAGUUCACUGAUGCUUUCUAUGCCCCUCCGGUAGUAAUGGUUUCACCAAGACUCAGUUACCAUAACAACAACUCUCGUUUCUCGGCUUCCGCAACGUGUAACGCAGUUACUGCGUGGAUUCAGGUAACAAAUAUGAAACUUGGAGCCAUUUUUCUUAGUCGUUGCGUCCUUACGCUGCCUUCUUAUCUUUUCCCUUCUAACUUACUUUUAGCAUUGUCUCUGUUUCAAUUUUUCAUGUCGUUUAAGGAGUCCAAAAAAGUUUUUUUGUUUUGUUUUUUCCAAUUUUUCCAACUAACCUGUGCACGCCACGGUUUCGCUUUCUAAACGACCUUGGUGUACCUAGUGACAUAGUAGUUAUGGUAAGAAAUUACCUGAUGAUGCUUAAUGAUUGAUAAUCUGAUACUUCUUAUGAUUGUGUCUAGUAUACCUUUACAAACGAAACCGAGGUGUGUAUGAGAAGAUACAGCAAUAACGCCAAUUAUAAGGACAUCGUACAACUGGAUUACCUGGUGAUUGGAGGUACGUAAACAAUAAUUAUAUCAAAACCUUGGUGAAGGCUGUAUGCUGCAGUGUAUCAAGUACAUUUUAUGACAUGAAUCUUUUGAAGUUGUUUCAUGGAGAGCUUUUUUUUCUCUAAUUAAUGCUAUUUUUUGUUGUCUCUAUUUUGGGGGAUUGUAGAUUUGGUUGACUGAAAGAACAUGUUACUAAUAUAAUUUCGUCGCAAUAAAUUUGUGUAUUCAAGAAAAUGAGAUUUUUUUUGAAAACUAUUAAAGGAACAGUAUCCCGUUACUGCGCAUGCACCAAACUUUGAUUUUUGGACAGGAUGUCGCGAAAUCAAAAGAUGCGAGGAGAGUAAGAGAAUCUUGAAAAAUCCGUUUGCAUCGCGCUUGGCCGGAUUCAAUACGACACUAAAACUUCUCAGGAUUAUAGAUCAAUGAUAUAUUGUUCCUGUUAAGUUUCGAUUUGGGCAAAAUCUGGAUUUUUUGGCGUUACUUUUAUUGCCGUUGGCCGGAGGACCAAAAGAUUGGAACCACUUUGAUGCCGAUUGAAGGCUUAUUUCUUCUGCUAGCUUCCAUACAAGCUCAGAUAAUUGUGAAAGGAAUACGCAGAAAUGAAACAGCAACAAUAAAGACUGUAAGAAAGAAACCGUUGAGACAUUGAUGUGACUGAGGAGAUCUUGUGGAGGGGAGCUUCGUGAAGCAGAAAUUUGCAACAACGCGUUAGUAAACUUUUAAAUGAAUCUCCCUACGGCCGACAAAAUCGAACAAACAGGCGUACAUGUUUUGAAAAACUAGUGACAUGAAAUCAUGAUAUCAUUUUUGACUAACCUUUGUGAUGAUUCAUAGCGUUGAGAUCGCAUUUUUAUUUAUGUCUUUCAAACGUUUGAGGCUAGAACGCGAGCAAAUCAGGCAGAUAUUACUGGACUUGGAGCUAUUGACCUCCGACACGAGUUUCAAAUUAGAAAAUAUGUUUUUAAAGCGAGCGGAACGAGAUUUUCGGGUCGCGAGGCGGCCCAGCUAGCGAUAAAAUCGCGAUGAGUCUUCGAACCGCGUGCCAAAUUUUUAUAUAAGACGAAAGACUUCUUCGAAAGUCUAAAAUAUUACUUGAGAAUAUAAACAACAAAUCUCUGUCGGCGGUGCGGUCCGGAAGGAAAUCUUGUCGAGUCAAUUUGACACUUCCAUUGUCUUUUGAAGAAAAAACAGAUGACGCUCGCGCGUGCGCAUAAUCGGGACACUGUCCCUUUAAGACUAAAUUUCUUUGGCACACUGGUGCUCCUGAUCACGAAAUUAAUAGGCUCAUAUGUGAUGUCAUAAGACAAAAAUUCAGGAACUGAAAAACGGGAUCAUAUGCAUUCUUAUCCUUUUCUUAGAGUCGCCAGUGUUGUUAACUGCAAUGCACCUUAUUGGCAUCUUAAAGCAGUUUCAGUUUGUAAUUAAACGAAAUUUUUGCAGAGUCUAUACUUGUUUUCUUGCAUCUAAAGUCACGUGUCCCUUAAUUUACGUUAUAGUUUCUUAAUCUACGUCAGAGCCCCUUUUUUUCUGAAAGGGAUCCGAGUGAAGACUUGCACAAAUGGUGUGCCAAAAUGGCGGUAAAUUUGAACGUGUCAAAAAAUUCUCUUUAAUAACAUUGUGUUCAAAGCAAUUUUUUUUUCGCGCACUUUCUCAUGGUAAUGUGCAUUUUCAAUUCUAAAAAAAAAAAUUUUUAAGGUAUGGGCACUUUAAAUCUAAUCUGUUGUUAUUUGCCUAAUUAUCUUCAGACCUGGAUCCCUGCAUAGACGUUACGUGUUAUUAUCACAGCUUCUGUAAGGCGUUUGGACCCCAUGAUGCACGCUGUGUAUGUGUGGAUAGCUGCCCAUCUUACAAAGAACCCGUUUGCUCAUCAAAUGGCACUACGUACGACAACAGAUGUUUGUUUGAAAGAGAAGUUUGUUUACAUCGACUAAACUUUACCGUGCAACAUCCUGGCAGCUGUGAAGGUUAGUACAGUUGUUUUUGAAUCUGUUAAAAAGUGAUAUUUGUUUUUAUUACAUUUCAGUAUCUUAGCGAAUUUUUUGAAAGAGAUAUUUACUUACCCAUGUAAUCUGGAGGGAAAACGGCGAUAGAUGCGUGACUUUAUGGAAGUACAGAAUUUUACGUAAUUUUGCUAAAACGUUUGACAGGGGCAAUGCUAAUAAGAAUACUGGUCAGAAAAAGUGGCUGAUACACUUAUGUUUUAAGCAUUUUCAGUCAAUACUCAACGAAAAUAUUUGUUUUUUUUAUAUAUAUGUAUCACUGAAGCAAAUUUAAAACUGAUUCUUCUCUCUGAGAUUAGUAGUAUAGUAGUAGUAGUAGUAGUAGUAGUCGUAUGCAUUUCGUACCCGGACGUAGCUCUGCCUAACAUAUCUGGAUAACGUCCUUUCCUAGAGUUAUAUUUUUUUAAGCAUAAUUGGAAAUGAACCUUAGUAGUAUAGGGUGCACCGAAUUAACCCCUUUUUUGGGGAGGAUUCUCAUUAAGGUGGGGAGGAAUACAUUAACGCCGAUGACGUCAUAGGCUAUUGUCUUGAUCUCAUGAAUAAAAUGCGCAGGAAUCUCAUAAAGAUAAGGUCAUGUGCUAUUUUUAUUUUGUGGCGGUCAUGGUUGGUAUAACCGGUUUGACAGGUUAGUUAUUUUUGGAAGAUGAUGUCAUAUGUAUUCCGGGGGUACUAUGAUGUCAUAGUUGUUUUGAUUGGUUGACCGGAAUUAGAAAGACGCUCAUUGGCUGUCUCGUUUGACGAAGCAUUCUGGUUGGUUGCCGUAUUUUUAUUGUUUGAACGGCAUAAAAGCCUGCUCACUGCCUUCCCGCAUACUAAUUUGGAUUUCCUGCAUACUAAUUAAGUGUCGUCCUGCAUACUAAUUCGGUAUAGGUUUACUACAAUAGGAACAAUAGGCUUGCCUAGACUUGCCCGGUAAGUAACUUAAUUAAAAGGAAAAUAAGAGCGAUCACCUAGCAACGCCAGAAACAGCUUCCUAUUUCUUAUUUAGCGCUAAAACUCGGAUAUAUAUAAACAAGACAUACACAAAGGGGAGCUGAAAACGCUUUAUUUCAAGUUUGUCUGACUAUUACAGAACUGUUUUCUCCGUUUUAUCUCGAGGAAAUGAAAAACUAUUGAAGUCUUGUCAUUUUCACGCACGGUUAAUCAGUUAAUUAUGCGAGUUCGCAAGCCCAAAGUUGAAUACAAAUUAGCUCUACAGGAAAGACCCAAGGGAGAGAAUCUUGACGUAUUAUUAUAAAACAAAUAACUUAACAAGGAUCAAUUAAAACACGCGACUCAUAUUUGCUAGCAAUAAAAACACAAGAGAGAUAUCGUUUUAAAAAACUUUAUUAAAAACCAGUGACAAAAAGAGUCAAAUACACAGGAAUGGAAAUUUAUUAAUUUUCAUCUUCGCCCAUGGAGUACUUGUAAGGUUUGAAUUUCUUAUGCCGACGUUUCUUCAGCUGUUUGCCAUGAGAUUUAUGAUCAUCCAAAUAAUUUACAAAUUGAAUCCGACGCCUUUUGCGCUUCGGUCCUUGUGGUGAUGGGGUUUCUACUGUAGGAGGAGGGGUCAGGAAAGCAGGAUUUAAGGGUGGUGGAGGGGUGAGGCUUUCUUUGUCAGGUUUUUGAGAGAUAGCCGCUUGUGUUAAUUCAGGUGUUACAUUAAAGGGGUUGAGGGGAGUCGAGAAUGCUGUCGUUGCUGUCGAAGAAUCUUGUGUCCUUGAUGUUAAGUCUGGAACAGUACUGAUUAUUUCUUCCGGUCGUGUUCUUGUAUUUAAUUGUUCUUUAAAAGCCAGGUAUCUGUUUUGCAACUGAACGUAUCGCUUAGCUUUUUGAUCGUCCCGAAGAUCGUUUCGAGAAAGCACGUCAUCCAUGUUGCCCUGUAUUUCUUGCAUAGCUGGGAGAAGUGGGACAGGCGAAAGAGUUUGCUGCUUCAGAUAUUUUAGGAGCUCUUGAGGAAUAUUUUCUUGAAACCCUGCUUGGUUAAAGCCUUCUUCACUGGGCAGGACGUUUGUUCGCAGUCGACAAUUAUCUUGGGUAGUAGUUUUCAGAUCAAUCAGAAGAUAACCAAAAGGUCUUUUUACAGCCUCUUCGUACUUAUUUAAAAAGAAAUCAGUCUGCCCAGGAUACAUUUGCUUCGCCAGAGUCAAGAUUUGCAAUUUGUCUCGUGGAUUCUUGAAUAACACCAGAUAAUGGCUGUUUAGGCUUAUGCUGCGGCUACCUUUCCCCUGAUGAAAUAGAUUCUGCACGAUAUAAAUCACGCUCAGAUUGCGAUGAUGAGAACCACGAGUAAAAAGGUUCACAAUUCGCUUGUCCUUACCGGCGUCAAUCAUCUGAUCAUCAAACACGAUCAAAUUCCGUUUGCUCACAUCAAAAUAGGAAUCUUGCUCCAAAGCCGUAGGAAUUCCCUUGACGAAUUCAAUGUUUGGCAUGGCGACUAACAUUUGUGUAUACGCAGGCUGCCAUUGUGAAUAACACCAAACGAUCCUCUCCGGGGGAGGAUAAAUGGUCUCUGAAGCUUGUUGUAAUAGCGAUCGAACGCAGGCCGUUUUUCCGGACCCGGUCAUUCCGGCAAUCAUGGAGGUGAAAGGAUGCUCGAAGCGAAACCGCUGACAUUUCUGUGAAAAUAUUGGAACUGUUUGAAAUGGGGUGAGACCAGCAUUGCGGUGUUUAGACAUCACGUGCCUUUGCAUACUAUCUUUUCUACUAAAGGAUUUUUCGCAGACAGAACAGAACCAACUCAUGUCAACUCCUCAGGAGCAAAAUGUAGACUGAGAAGGAGGUAGAAUGUUACGCAUUUAUAUAGUUUUUCAGACCACAAGAUUCUAUUGUUUUCCUCACCCAAGACCACCACUACCACCACCACCACAUUUCUAUUGUUUUCUUUCCUCCACCACCGCCACCACAUUUCUAUUGUUUUCUUUCCUCCACCACCGCCACCACAUUUCUAUUGUUUUCUUUCCUCCACCACCGCCACCACAUUUCUAUUGUUUUCCCUCCACCACCACCACCACCACAUUUCUAUUGUUUUCCCUCCACCACCACCACCGCCACCACAUUUCUAUUGUUUUCCCACCACCACCACCACCACCACAUUUCUAUUGUUUUCCCUCCACCACCACCACCAUCACCACCACCACAUUUCUAUUAUUUUCCCUCCACCACCACCACCACCACCACCACCACCACGACCACCACCACCACAUUUCCAUUGUUUUCCCUCCACCACCACCACCACCGCCACCACAUUUCUAUUGUUUUUCCUUCCACCAGAUUCUAUAAAAGACCACCAACUGCCAUCUUUAGUUCAUUUUGUAGCAAUGUCUCGUGUAGUGAACAACAAUCGUGGUUUUCUUCAGCUGUUAGCUGAUUGCCCUGCUUAUCAGCGCCAGUUUCUUUUACGGACAGCUACUCCACAACAACUACAUGCACUAGUCCAAGUCUUAUACAAUAUACUUAAGGAAUACAUUCUUAUCCCCGAAGAAAAUAAGCGGAACGUGUUGCCAUAUAAGGAUGCUCUAGUCAACCUAGCAAAAACUAAUGUCCCUUACAAAACAAAGAAGCGAAUCCUUGUACAAGAGGGUGAUGGUUUUAUUCAAGACCUAUUGGUACCUGCUGUUACAAGUCUAGGAUUUCUAAUGCUAUAAAAGAGGUGACGCAUCGCUAGGUUGAUCAUCCGAACCUAAGUCUGUCACGGGUUCUCAUCAAAAAUGAAGAGAAAGAUAGAUUUGGUUGAAGAAGAACAACACGAGAGUGAACAUGAAGAAAGCAAAAGUUCUGGUGAUGAAAGCGAGGAUGAAGAACCAAGAAAAAAAGAAGAACCAAGAAUAAAAGAUGUUUUGAGUCAUCUUUCCCGAGCAGUGCCGGAAAAGCGUGCUUCUGAUUUGCUGCAUAGUAUGGCCGCGUCCAAAAAUAUUCUUUUCUGGACCCCCAGCGGACAAUUAGUUCGAAAUAAACGCACUAUUCCCGUCACAAACAUCGCUGAGCUAGUUGAGUAUGUGUUACUCCCUUAUAACAAUGAGGUUACCAAACCUCGUGCGCUGAAUACGUUUCUAGAUGGACUUGCAGAGUUAGGAAUCGAUAAAGGUUUAAUCAAGAACAAAAAGUUGUUAAGUGAUUUAAUAGAAAAGGAAAAAGGCUACCAAAAUGUAGAAAAUACUUCUGAUAACGAGAGUAAUAAUGAGGAGAGUUCAUCGGAUAUUGAAAAUCAGGAGGAGGAAAUGGCUUCUGAGAAUGGCGUUGAAGCGGAAGACACCCAAGAGAGCGACAACGACACUGAAAACGACAGUCAGGAGAUAGAAAGUAGUAACCCUGAAACGUCCACCACCUUUCACUCUAAACGUCCCUGUGAACACUGCGAGAACUCUAAUGUGUACGGGACAUUGAUCAUGAAAUGUCCUAAAUGCCUCUGGCACGAUUACUACACGAUUUGUCCUAUAUGCGAUCACCAGAUCCCCGAGGAGAGAAAAUACAUGAAAGAGGGCUUUCUUCGAUGUCACGAUUGCGGAGCAAUUACACACAAAAACGCGAAGACGUUGGAAACCAAUUUCUAUUCCCCUUCUACAGAGGAGAACGAAGAUGAAGAUUAAUUAAUUUCCAUUCCUGUGUAUUUGACUCUUUUUGUCACUGGUUUUUAAUAAAGUUUUUUAAAACGGUAUCUCUCUUGUGUUUUUAUUGCUAGCAAAUAUGAGUCGCGUGUUUUAAUUGAUCCUUGUUAAGUUAUUUGUUUUAUAAUAAUACGUCAAGAUUCUCUCCCUUGGGUCUUUCCUGUAGAGCUAAUUUGUAUUCAACUUUGGGCUUGCGAACUCGCAUAAUUAACUGAUUAACCGUGCGUGAAAAUGACAAGACUUCAAUAGUUUUUCAUUUCCUCGAGAUAAAACGGAGAAAACAGUUCUGUAAUAGUCAGACAAACUUGAAAUAAAGCGUUUUCAGCUCCCCUUUGUGUAUGUCUUGUUUAUAUAUAUCCGAGUUUUAGCGCUAAAUAAGAAAUAGGAAGCUGUUUCUGGCGUUGCUAGGUGAUCGCUCUUAUUUUCCUUUUAAUUAAGUUACUUACCGGGCAAGUCUAGGCAAGCCUAUUGUUCCUAUUGUAGUAGAGAAACGCUCAUUAGUAAACCUAUACCGAAUUAGUAUGCAGGACGACACUUAAUUAGUAUGCAGGAAAUCCAAAUUAGUAUGCGGGAAGGCAGUGAGCAGGCUUUUAUGCCGUUCAAACAAUAAAAAUACGGCAACCAACCAGAAUGCUUCGUCAAACGAGACAGCCAAUGAGCGUCUUUCUAAUUCCGGUCAACCAAUCAAAACAACUAUGACAUCAUAGUACCUCGGAAUACAUAAACAUCAUCUUCCAAAAAUAACUAACCUGUCAAACGGGUUAUACCAACCAUGACCGCCACAAGAUAAAAAUAGCACAUGACCUUAUCUUUAUGAGAUUCCUGCGCAUUUUAUUCAUGAGAUCAAGACAAUAGCCUAUGACGUCAUCGGCGUUAAUGUAUUCCUCCCCACCUUAAUGAGAAUCCUCCCCAAAAAAGGGGUUAAUUCGGUGCACCCUAUACUACUAACCUUUUCUCUGCGAGAAGUAGUAGCUACAGUAAAUGUUCAGUUUCCUUUCCUUUAGCGCUAAAAGGCUUGACCAGUUGCCACCGUGUAGCACUGCUCAAGAUGUAAGUCCUAAUCUCUCCAUAACUGCUUGCCAUGCUAUUGACCUAAUGCAGUGACAAGCGACACAUUGUCUGCUGUGAACUUUUCCCAGGACUUCUAUGGUAGAGAGUAACAACCUUCUUUCUAAGAACCACUCAUUUGCUGCUUUGUUAACAUUUUUAAAUGCCCUUUGCUCCGCAUGCUUGUCAUACUAAUCUAUAGUUCAUCUUGAAAUGUGUUUUCUAGGAUUUCCUUUUCAGCGUGGUCGUCGUCACAUGCCACAUAUUUCAUCCUUGGGCUACUCUCACUGUCAUGCCAUUCAUUUCAAACCAUUUGUGUUUUACCCUGACCAAACCAUUCAAGCGCAGAUAACUGUCAAUCAUAUGGAUACCAGUGACAAAUCGUAUGUCCAUGACGCGGUAGUAUCGUGGGUUGAAAAUGUGGAUAACGACGGAUUCACUGCUUGUGUGAUGGCGGCAGGAUAUAACGAACGAAAGUCGUAUGCUAACGUGACAGUUGAUUGGAUGGCGUACCAAGGUGCUCCAGUGGGUGGCGUGACUGGUGAAGUGCGCAUGUCACAGUGGUGGACUGGUACGACUUGUGCGACUGUCAUGUUUCCUGCAGUGAGUGGCCUUUGUUGGGUUUUCUUGUCCUUCCCAUUCUUUUCAAGAUCAUAUCUUUUGAAACGCCUCACUUCUACUGAGGUCACUCAGUUAAUAACAGAUCGUUUUUAAUAUGCAUCAGCAAUGAUUUGUCGUAAUGGCGCAGCCGUACACUUAUGACCAUUAGUCGAACAACGUAACGUCAUGGUAGUACAAAUUAUUCUUUUACCAAUUUCCAGCAUAUCACAAAUGUCAUGGGUUCCUUUUUGCAAUAAAUACGAAAUUGAUUCCUGAUUUAUUUCUCAGGGAAAAUUCUCUGUGAUACCGUCGGUAUUUGUGACUGCCAAGCAUUACAAUCCAGGAUUAAAACGUGACGCAGCAAGCGCUUGGAUUGAAGAUGUCACACAAUCAUCCUGUAAAGUUUGCUUGAGAGAAUUACAAAACUACGCUGGAUCACACCAAGACGUUGUUGUCGUAAGUAACGCUAAUCUCAUGGAAUCGAACGAACAGCGUUUUUCUUUGGAAACUAAGUGCAGCAGACUGGUAUCUUUCUCCAUCUCAUCUUUUCGCUUUUUUACGCUUCCAGCAGUUGGUCCAGCAGAGAUGCACGAUUUUUUGCUUGAAAAUAUAUUUCCCUCCAUCUGUUUCCUCUUCAUCCGGCUUUGUCAACCCAACCAUGUUAUUGCUUUCUUGUAACCUAAUAUGUCGGUGGCUGUUUUAUAUAAACCUUGUUGACAGAUUACCAUCUUAUUUUCGACGUUGACACAAUCUUUUGGUAGUUAGGACGUGAGAAUGAAAUAGAAUUCUUUCUUUUUAUUGUUAUUUAUUUAUUUAUUUAUUUACUUUAUUUCAGAAUUGGUUAGCGUUUUCAUAUCUUGACGAGCCUCCCUUCUCAGAACACAAUUCGAUUUACUUUUCGAAUGAUAAACCUCCCGAGCAGAGUCACUAUAAUGCCUUCUGCAAGGUCAGUAUUCCAGUCCUUUCAUUAGUCUUAUUGGUUUCAAUUCCCGUCACAGUGCACUUAAUUUUAUUGAAUAAAUUUACUAUCAGAGAGCAAAAGAAAACGGUUCCCCUAUCAUGUUUCUAGUGAUGGUAGUUGCAUUUAGUCAGUUUAGCAGGCUGCCUGUAAUAUUUCAGUGAACAUUUAAAAUGAAAAUGAAAUAUAGAUUAUAAAUGCCCUAAUGCGGAAAAAGUCUUUACCUUUAUGUAAAUGUCAGAGACUGAAUUUUUACAAUUAUGUAACUUCUUUUGACAGGACGUUUCUUUUACUAAAGUUUAUAACUCAAAUCCACAUGUGUUUGUUUCUGCCAAUCAUUCCACCAAAAAUGGAAGUCAGAGUCCAAUUCAUAACAGCAUAGCUGAGUGGGUAGAGGUAUGUUUUUAUUUGUUUAUUUAUCUACUUUUUAAUAUAUUUUGUGAAUUUGUGUAGCAUACCACUUGCAACCACACUUACAUGUGUUGUGUGCAUGUUUAAAAACCUUAUGAAUUUCAAAAUACGAAUGACUGUAACUAACACUGUCUAUUUUACAAUACAGAAUGCGUUCUACUGAGAAUAACAGCUUAUAAAAUACAGAUCGUGCGAAAAACAGCACAAAAGUUAAAUUUUAUGUUUAACUAACGAUCAGGCAUAACCCUUAGCUAGUAAAAUGGCCAUGAAUUAUGGAAAGUCGUUAAAACUGUGUUUAAAAAAAAGUUGUGUAGCUGUAUAGCAGAAGGUAAGCAAAUGUUGUUAAACAAAAAGCAAUGAGCAAACUAAAAUUGAUGUUAAGCAAGAGAGAAUGAGCUAAGAGAGCGAAUCCCUGUGCCCCAUGAUGAUUAUUUGAAAUCUAUUGAAAGUUCCCACGCGUGCGAUGAAGGUUAUUUUUAUCUGCUGUUUCCGUGACGCGCGCGGUCUACUUUCCCGUGAACGCGACAUAUUUUGCCUCCAAACAUUUGAAGUUUGACAGCAGUUACAGCAAUUAUCGCAUGACAGGUUUAAGUUGUUGACAUGUAAUAACGCGCACUCAAUUGUCCUCUUUCCUCUUCCCUUUGAAGCCCUGUCGUGCAAACUUGUUGAACAGUGUUGAUCACUUCUUAAUAUGCGUCAAACUGAGAAAUUUGGAAAGUCUUCUGGUCAAGACCUACCUGAACUGUUCUAUAGUUUUUUUCCUGCUAGCAAGGGAGAAAAUACGCCGUCCGCCGUCUGUGUAUUUACUUAAUGAGCUGAUAAAGAUCCCUUUCUUGCAGUACAUCAACAAGACAGGCUUUCGUGUUUGUGUCAAAGAAUUAUAUGAAGCAAAAUAUGACCCAUUGUCAGUAACGUACACAGUUUUGUCAGGUAAGAGCUCUACUGCUACAAAACUAAUAAACUUCAGUACUUACAAGUCUCUGAAUAAAAAAAAAAAUGAAUACAAGCAACACACAAAAGGAAUGCACAAAAACUGGAGGAAAUAAUAAAAAUUGUAUUCGGGUGAUGAAAAAAAACAACGUUCAUCCCUUUUUCCAAAUACCUAUUAAUGUGUAUAAUGGAGUGCUUUAUAGCGGAGCUCUCGCGCGCGAAUCGCACGCAGCGGAGCACCAUGGGUAAAAAAAAUGAGAUAAACUAACCAUCCAAGAAAAUUUGGUAAUCACGUGACCGUACUCAGACCGCCUGCCCGCCCGACCGUCCGUCCGCACCACAGGCAUACCAAUGUAAAAUAAUUCAAUCAACAGGUAUGGCAACCCAAAUGCAACUCAAAGUUGUAGUUGGAAAGAAAUCGCCUGGCCGCCCGGACUUUUAGAAAGAAAAAACAACAACAAAGUCGUGUCUUUUUCGACGUUAUAUUUGAUGUUUACACUCACGUGGAUAACAGAGAAAUAGCUAGAGCGAGUAAUUGAAAACAAAAGAGACGAAUUUUGUAGGAAGAAAAAUAUGAAAAUUCAAAGCGGCUGUGAGACAAUGAGAAAUGCUAGCGGCCAGCAAGGUGAAAAUGAGCGGCAGUGAAAAAUAAAAGCGAACAUGAACACAGGAGACAAAAUAUUGGGUAAGCACAUACGACCAUUCCUCCACAAAAAUAAUGUGUAACUAGUAAGUUUGACGUUUUAGUCCUACAAAACAGCGUUGUAGUUGUGCAAAACAACUGCAAACAAAGACAAAAAGUGUGCUGCACGUGCAAAUUUGUUCGUUUUUGCUAAUUAGAAAAAAAGAGUGUGCUGCACGUGCAAUUUGUUUUUAUUUUUUUUGCUAAUUAGAUCUAUUGAUCUUGAUGCCAUAUUCAUUGCCGUCCCGUUUAGCAUAUUACACCAUUUAAUUUUUUUUGUUUACAAGUAUAGGUGGUUUUCAUGCAAUCUCGGGAGACACAAAUAACAAUGGUGAAAUGAACAAAUGCUGGUGGACAAACAAAGCGAGCUAAUGAGCGAUCUUUUGUUUACCGUCCACCAGCAUGGCGGCGAUGACGUAACGUGAAAACCACCUAUUAUUAACCAGAGUUUCGCUUCUAGCCCUGGCUAAAUCUAUAUAUUAAUACUUGCAGUUCUUUUUCUCUUAUGUAUUGCAUUUAUUAAUUUUGUCCUGAACAAAAAGCUUCUGCUUUUCCAUUUCCUUUUUUAUCGCAAAACCGGAAAUAACAAAAAUGCCCGAAGUAUGUAACUGCUCCUAAAGCCAUACAUUUUAAGCAAUAUCAUUUUGCAGUUCACUAAUUCCUACUUUGUAUACGCGCAGACAUCUGUCCAUCGGGAUGGGAUUACUUCAAUGGAUACUGCUAUUUAACAAGCUCUGUAUGCGCACCUUGGGUGACUGCUGUGUCCAACUGUUCAGCAAUGAACUCGUAUCUGGUAACAGUGCACAACCAAGAAGAAAAUGUCUACAUUCAGCACCGUCAUAAAGGAGAGCGAUCAUGGAUUGGACUUAAUGACCGAAGCGUUGAGGGAUCAUUUGUCUGGACAAACAAGGAAAUAACCAGUUUUCGGUUCUGGGCUCCGCAACAACCAAACAACAGGAAAAACGAAGACUGUGUUCACACGCUGGGUGCCAGUGAUGGCUACACUUUGAACGACGUUUCCUGCGAUAACUGCUAUAACUAUACUUGUGUUCGAGGUAAAAGCGGUCAUCAGGUCCGUUUUACAACUUACAUUAAAUGAUCUGUUAGUUGGCACCUGGGGUAAUCUUAUGUUCUGUAAAGGGUUGUGGCUCACUUCAAUAUUUUAUGCCAGGAAUGUAACCAAAACAACAAAAAAGCCAUCUAAUGUAAGGGCACAUUAAUGCAGUAUCAUCUUUCAGUCAGUUAGUAGAGGAGAUUGGUUGAGAAUGCAUCAAAGUUUAAGAUUUAGAUUUUUUCUUUUUUUUUCACAAUAAAUGAAUGCGACGUUUUUAUAGCCGGCCUGUGUACAGCGGACGCCCCCUCCCCCUUUUUUGAGGUGAGGGGGCGUCUAUACACAGGCUAGGUUUUUAUUGGUGAAAAGGAUCAAAAUGAUAAGAAUGCUAUUGAACGUUUCACACCGUCGGUUGAGUCCAAACACCUCUAACAAAAAAACGUACUAUUAUAAUAAAGGCGCUUGUAGGGCUUUAUAGCCAUUCCACUGUUAUUAACUUUGUUUCAGUUUGUUUCAAACUCGUACGACUAUAUCAAGGUAAAAAUGGGCAUGCAGCCAAGCUUAUUAGACAGUUGUUAAGGUGUCAUAACGUGAGAUAAAAGCAUUGUGUGCAGUGUUUGGUAAAAUUCAAAGAAUUUCGUUUUUUCUUUUCAAGAGUUUUAUGAUGAAUUCAAGUUGAGAAUCAUUUCAGAAAAUAAGCACGUAGCAAAGGAAAUGUGAGUGAAUGAAACACAGUGAUUUCUUUUAGAAAUUGACAAAUGCACAACUAACUAUCACAGAUGUAAUGUGAAUGCUGCUUGCCAGAAUACCGUGGGCUCAUACAAAUGUACUUGCAAAGCUGGAUACUCUGGAAAUGGCGGCAAAUGCGUUGGUAAGUACUGAACUUUGCUUUAAAUGUCUUCCAUAUUUUGCCCUUUUGCUUCGCAAACUGAUCGACCGACUUAGUUGUCCUCUGUUCUGAUUUGAUUUAUUAAAUUAUAGACUAAAUAAAUAUGCUUUAUAGUGGAUGUACAGAACUAUUAUUAUUGUCUCUAUCUUUUGUGGUCAAAACUUUCUGAUAAGCCCCUAGUGGGCAUUUAAUCGGAAUUUUGAGCAGUAAAAGAAUACUUGCACUAAUGUGUGCACUCUAAAUCAGACAGAUCUGUUUUAGCCCUAAAAAUACGGCCGUUUCGAUAAGUAAAAUACAGUCCUAUUUAUGAGUCUAAUUUGGUGCCCUUAAAUCAGUGCCAAUACAGUCCAAUUAAUUAGCUAGGGCUGAUUUGGUCCCAGGGCUGAAAUGGGCCCUAACGUGGGGUGGAAUAGCCUUUUGAUUGAGCUUUUUUGGCCUGGAUUGUGUUCAAAUGGCUCCAGGAAGGGCUGAUUCAGACUUUGGCCUGCAGGACUGAAUUGUCACCAGGGCUGAGACAGGUCUUUUUAAUUUUCAGUGUGGAACAACCUUUUACACGAAUUUUGAUUCCUUUAAUCAAAACAAUUACGAACUUCCCGUUUGGGGAUAUAUUUGUUUUGACUUAAGAACUUCACUGGUAAUAACGUAACAGUUGAUUUGAUUUGAAAAACAAAAAAAAACUCGAAAACGAAAAUUUCACUUUUAGACCUCAAGGUCGCCCCAAUUCAGACUGAAGGCAAUAAAAAGCACCAAGGGGUCUGACAUGUCUGAGUAGAGGAAAGUCGGGAGGAAAUGUCAAGGAAGGUAUUACCUUGUCUUUUUCGGCGCAUAAGUGAAACAAUAUUUCGCUUUAGUUUUAAGUACGUAUAUAAAAUAAGGGCUAUGUAUCAAAGGUUGCGCGUAAACGUAAAACUUGAACCUCGCUCAACUUUUACACGCGGCCUUUCAUACAUUGCCUCCAGGGCCGUGAAUGCCUCUAUUAUAUUUACGCGCGUACAUUUUACUUGCGUACGCACAUAAAUAUUACGCGGCAGUGGAAAUCCACCCUAAGUGUUCUUAAUCACCUAACAAUAGUUUAUACAUCCAGCACGUGCGUUCAUUCCAUUGCUUGAAUUUAUUCUCCCUGGCACCGGUUGUUCAAACGUUAGAUAGCGCUUUGCUUCGGAUAAAUCACUACAGAGUGGAUAAGUAUUAGUGAAACUAACUGCGCUAUCUACUGGAUGGUGAUUUAUCUAGCGGAUAGCGUUAUUCAGCUUUUGAACAAAUUGUCCAGGUAAUUUUAUAACACUACCAUAGCCACACAAGCCAUCGCGUUCAUCUGUAACGUAGAUUUGAAAGAGUAGAACGUAAAGGAAGAAUUAUCAGUUUGCUUGCCUUGUAAACGUAAAAUAAAUGCAGUUUUAUGAUUUUCAUGUAGAUAUCGACGAAUGUACAAGCAAAAUCCAUAACUGUGACAGAAAUGGGUUAUGUAAGAACACUGAAGGGUGUUUCACCUGCACCUGCAAACCCGGC